AUGGUGAAGGAGACGGAUUAUUACGAUAUACUAGAAGUUAGCCCAACAGCCACCGAAGCUGAGAUUAAGAAAGCGUAUUACAUUAAGGCGCGCCAAGUUCAUCCAGAUAAAAACCCGAAUGAUCCUCAAGCAGCCCAAAAGUUCCAAGUUCUUGGAGAGGCUUACCAAGUACUAAGUGAUCCUGCACAACGACAAGCUUAUGAUAGUUUUGGGAAAUCUGGAAUUUCAACUGAUGCUAUCAUUGAUCCUGCAGCAAUCUUUGCCAUGCUUUUUGGAAGUGAGCUUUUUGAGGAAUAUAUUGGCCAGCUUGCGAUGGCGUCAAUGGCUUCAAUGGAGAUCUUCACGGAGGGUGAAGAAUUUGAUACUAGAAAGCUGCAAGAGAAAAUGCGGGUCAUUCAAAAGGAAAGAGAAGAGAAGCUUGCUCAGAUAUUGAAAGAUAGACUAAACCUGUACAUACAAGGAAAUAAAGAAGAGUUUACACGUCAGGCUGAAGCGGAGGUGUCAAGGCUUUCUAGUGCCGCUUAUGGUGUUGAUAUGCUGAAUACAAUUGGGUACAUAUACGUCAGGCAGGCUGCUAAAGAGUUGGGAAAGAAGGCAAUAUAUCUGGGUGUUCCAUUUGUCGCUGAGUGGUUCAGAAAUAAAGGACAUUCAAUUAAGUCCCAAGUGACUGCAGCAACAGGUGCAAUUGCUUUGAUUCAGCUACAAGAGGAUAUGAAACGGCAGCUCAGUCAAGAAGGAAACUAUACAGAGGAAGAACUUGAGGAGUACAUGCAAUCUCACAAGAAGUUAAUGAUUGAUUCUCUAUGGAAGCUAAAUGUUGCUGAUAUCGAAGCCACCCUCGCCCGUGUUUGUCAAAUGGUUCUACAAGACAAUAGUGCAAAGAAAGAGGAACUCCGUAUAAGAGCCAAGGGACUGAAAACCCUCGGGAAAAUAUUCCAGAAGGCAAAGUCUGGCGGUGAGAAUGAUUCUGACAAAGCAAUAAACAACAAUCCUCCUGUACAUGAACUGAAUGGAGAUGAAUCAAAUCAUCGUGAUACCUUUCCUCCAAAUAAACCGGCAAACUCUUCAAAUUCGGAUGAUGAUGGCCCAACUGUUUCAUUGCAGAGCCCAUACGUGGAGGCUCCCCAGUUUUCUGGUGGUGGUUCGUUCAACUUCAAUUUUCCAAUGCCAACUGCACCUCCGGGUGCUCAGAGACAUUAA